GUUAAAUCCUGUGCUUCCUUUUUGGCUUAUCUUCCAGCAAUAACAGGUUCAUUUUCUGGCUUUGACAGGAGGCAGUUGGUUUACUGGCUGGCCAUUGUGUAAGCAUCAACUGCACUGGAACUACAGUAGGAACAAGAAACAGGAAGAAACCAGUUGGUAAAACACAAUCAUAGGCUGGCAGGCAUUCGUGACUAUUUGUCACUCCUUCCAAAGAGGGGAAAAACAGCUGGUGGCAGACAUUCAGUGCCAUCAAGUAUCCAGAAAUAUCUUCUUUCUCCAUGCCAGGAUACUCAGAGUUUUACUUCAAUGUGGACCAUGGCUAUUUGGAGGGACUGGUCCGAGGGUUCAAGGCUGGGAUCUUGACAAGUGCGGACUAUGUCAAUUUAGCACAGUGUGAGACACUAGAAGAUCUGAAGUUACACCUCCAGACUACAGACUAUGGCAACUUCUUGGCUAACGAAACUGGCCCUCUCACUGUUUCCACCAUCGAUGAAAAACUGAAAACAAAACUACUCACAGAAUUUCAUUACUUUAGAAACCAUGCUUUUGAACCACUUGCCACUUUUCUGAAUUUUGUCACAUACAGCUAUAUGAUUGAUAAUGUAAUUCUUUUAAUAACUGGCACAUUACAUCAACGACCCAUAGCUGAACUUGCUCCCAAGUGCCAUCCAUUGGGGAGCUUUGAGCAAAUGGAAGCAGUCAGCAUUGCCUCAAACCCUACUGAACUCUUCAAUGCAAUUUUGGUUGACACACCAUUAGCUGCUUUUUUUCAAGACUGCCUGUCUGAAAAUGACCUGGAUGAAAUGAACAUUGAAAUAAUGCGCAACAAACUGUACAAGUCUUACCUCGAGGCAUUUUAUAAGUUUUGUGAAAAACAAGGUGGUACUACAGCAGAAAUAAUGAGACCUAUUCUUGAGUUUGAGGCAGACAGACGGGCUUUUAUCAUCACCAUUAAUUCAUUUGGCACUGAGCUGAGUAAAGAUGACCGAGAGAAGCUGUAUCCAACCUGUGGAAAACUUUAUCCAGAAGGCUUACACCUGUUGGCCAAUGCAGAUGACUACGAGCAAGUGAAGCGUGUUGCAGAAUAUUAUGCAGAUUACAAGGCUGUGUUUGAAGGUGUAGGGAGUGGCACUGGAGAAAAGACACUGGAAGACGCAUUUUUUGAACAUGAGGUAAAGCUGAAUGUGCUUGCAUUCAACAACCAGUUUCAUUUUGGAGUAUUUUAUGCCUAUGUGAAGUUAAAGGAACAAGAAUGCAGGAAUAUUGUAUGGAUUGCUGAAUGCAUUUCUCAGAGACACAGAACCAAAAUUAACAACUACAUUCCAAUUUUCUAAAUCUGAGAAUCUAUGAUGCUUGAAAAGAUACAUAGAAAAGAAGAAAAAUCUUAUUUCAAAAAUUAACUCUUAUCAGACGUGUUAAAUUUUAUUAAUGAGCCUCCUUAUAUACAUCACCAUAGGAAAAAAGUAAUGCAAUUAGAGAUACAAGUACUUCUUAAGGAAAUACUAAUGGGUUUAUUCACAAAUUUGCUGGUAGAUUUGUUCCCCACUGUGCCUAUUUUAAUUUAAUUGAUCAAUAAAAAGCUCCUGUAAUGUCUUA